CAUUCCGUGCUAAAAUACAGUACGUCAAAGUUGUAGGUACCUAUAAAAUAAAAUAAAUUGUUUAUAGUUUGUACCUAAAAAGAUUCCUAUAACUUUUUUUUUGCAUUUUUUAAAUAUCUAUUUAACGUGUAAAAGUGACAACCAUGAAACAUUUAAUAUAGAGAUCGUACAUUAGUAACACUAUCAAACAAGAUGAAAACGUUACUGUUGCUAGUGUUGCUAGCCGUGCUAUUGCAUCCCCACAGUAUCUCCGGAGCUCGGAUUUUGGCGGUCGAACCUUACGGCAGCAAAAGCCACUGGCAGUACAUGAGGUCCAUACUAGACGUGUUGACCACCCACCACCAGGUGACUGUCAUCACACCGCUGCCGAUCGGUGACCGGGAGAACUACACGGAAAUCGACGCUUCCAGCGUCUUGCCCAUUUAUCUGGAAAUGAACACGAUCGACUUGAUCGAACAGUUCGGGUCGGUCAUCGAUUUAUUGCCCCCGAUGCCGGAACGUAGCCACGAGCGUGACAUUUGCGACGCUCUGUACGACUUUGGACCCGUCGCCGACCUGUUGCGUGCCGAUAACGACGAUAAGGACGGUCAUUACGAUCUGGUGUUGGUGGAGCCUUUCCACUCAUCUUGUCUAUCGUACUUAGCCUAUCGAUUGCAUGUGCCAGAAGUCUAUGCGAUCCCAUUUGCCAUAUCCUCGCCUACUGAGAUCAUGUUCUUUGGUACGGAGUCUAAUCCGUCCUAUGUGCCAAACCUGAUGUUCAAUGGCGGCGUCCCGAAGACGUUCGAGCAACGACUGACCAACUUGGCGCUGUUCGUGUACGUCAAGUUCGUGACGUGGUUGACCGACACCAGAAUGAUUUACCGCGAUCCCAAACGGUACGACAUACCCGAUGUCCGGCACAAACCGUCGAUGGUUUUCAUCAACACACAUACCAUCACUGAACCUCCUCGGCCGUUCCCAGUCAAUAUGAUCCAAAUCGGUGGCAUCCAUUUGAAACCACCUGAAAUAUUACCGUAUGACAUAUUAGAAUUUAUUGAAAAUUCACCACAUGGAAUAAUAUACUUUACAUUUGGAUCCGUGUCAUCAAUGUCAACCCUACCGAAACACAUUCAACGAACAUUCAUUGACACGUUUGCACAAGUUCCUCAAAGAAUAUUGUGGAAGUAUGAAUGUGAAAUUAAUGACUUACCCAAAAAUAUAAUGACUAGAAAAUGGUUCCCACAACGAGAAAUUCUUCUUCAUCCAAACGUAAAGUUAUUUCUAAGCCAUGGUGGAAUAUCUGGAGUAUAUGAAGCUGUUGAUGCUGGAUUACCAAUUCUUGGAUUCCCUCUUUUCUUUGACCAACCAAGAAACGUGGGUAAUUUAGUGGACGCAGGAAUGGCAUUAUCGAUGGACAUACGAACUAUAACUAAAGAUUCAUUAUUAAAGACAAUUAAUGAACUUAUCAAAAAUAAAAAGUAUACUAGUAAUGCAAAACUGGUAUCAAAAUUCUUUAAAGAUCGUCCACUUUCACCUUCUGAAUCGGUAAAAUAUUCGAUUGAUUAUGUUCUACGACACCACAGAUCUUAUUAUCUUCACGAUGAAGCUCACAAAUCAGCUUCUUGGUACCAAAACAUGUUAUUGGAUAUAAUUAUGGUAGUAGUAAUUUUGCUGUCAAUAUUUUUGUAUUCAAUUUAUUUAAAAUUUAAAAUUUUAACAAAAUAUAUUUUUUAAGAGUCUCCAUGUGCGUUUGUGCUUCUGUAGAAUAUUGUUACCAAAAAGUUGUUUAAUUACUUAUUGAUUUAUAAGUUAAAUUAAUAAUAUUAUAAGGUUAUGGUAUAUGUACUUAUGUAUUUGUACUAAAAGUUAGAAAUAUAAUAAAUCUAAAAUGAUUUGAGCGGUUAACAAUGAAAAAUGUUGUAUUUUAUGUAAAUGAUAAUAAACUACUCUUAUUAAUAUCAAAGUUCUAAUGUACGCACCAUAGCUAUAGUCGCUACAAAUAGCACACAACUCCCGAAAUAUUAUUAACAUUAACAUAAUUUUUAUUUUAACGAUAUGUUUCUGAAAAUGUCAAAGGGAUAACUUUGAAAUCAUGGAACACAUCUGACCCAUUCAAUUUUGUUUGAUUUUUGUACCAUUUAGGUUAAACAAUGUUUGCCAGCUGCAUAUAUUUUCAAAUAAUAUUAUAAGUAUAUUUUUUUAAUAAUUAACUCUUAUAUUUCAAUUGUAAUACGAUCCCUAGAUAAUUACAUAACUAAUUAAUCGACGUAAUUAUUCAUUAAUAAAUUAUAUCAUAUUUUUACAUUUUACUUAAUAUUAUUUUGCUAUUUGAAACUCAUAUUAUGGUAUCUUAUCUUAAAUACUAUUUUGUACAUACCAAUAAUUAUAUUUUAUUUUUUUAACUAAGAA